UGUGUGUGUGUGUGUGUGUGUGUGUGUGUUUUCCCCAGCGUGUCCCAGUACAGCGACGAGAACAUGAUGCAGCCCUACAACCUGGCUGUUUGUUUCGGCCCGAGCCUCCUGAGGGGGGUGGACUCGGACGACGCCGUGGCCAGGCAACCGCAGGUCAACGACCUCGUCAAAACCAUGAUCCUGCAGCACGACGCCAUCUUCCCGAGCUCCUCGGAACUGCCGGGCCCGGUCUAUGAGAAGCACAUGACUCUGGAGCAGGAGUACUGUGAACCAAUUACAGAGGAGGGAGAUGGAGAGUCUGAGCCUCUGCCCAGUGAGGACG